UGAACCUAAAAUGUGUUUGAUAUAAAAUAACCUGACGUUAAUAAUUUAGUUACCUCACAGAAAUUAAAAUUAUAAACGAAGUCGCAACAUCAAAUCCCGGAAGCAGUGUAGGCACAUUAUAUUCAAAUAUUAGUAGAUAAUGGACAUGGAGGAAUAUAAUUCUGUGGGGAAUAUGGAUAGCCUCUUAUUUCAGUUGGUUUUGCAGACGCAGGACUUAUCUCGAAGCAAGGAUGAGAUAGAAAAGCAGGUUGAAAUAAGUAAAUUAAAUAUAGCCGAGAAGAAGACUACUAUCGAAGAGACCAAGAGAACUGUUGAGAAACUUGAAGAAACCAUGACACAAAAGGAAAAUCUGGUGAAGUAUUAUAAAAACAAUGCUAAAAGCCUGAAAGUCACGAACAAUCUACUGAUUCAGUAUGAGAAAACACUGCAGCUUGAAUUAGAGAGAAAGCAAGAAGUCUUCAGUCACGACGCGAAGAUGUACCAGGAGAGAACUGAAAACUACAGAAAGGUAUUUGAGCAGCACAAAGCUCGAUACUAUGAGAAUCCUCUCGUGCAAAAGCUAGUCAAGGCUCAGACCGAGAAGGAGGAGAUUGAAAGAAGAAUUAGAGCUUGUGAGGGACAGAUAGUAGCAAAGGAAAAUGAACUACAGACUUUGCAAGGUAACAUUCCUGAUCCGCCCUUCACAGAGAGAGCAUCAGAGAGCACCACUGCGCAGCCUCCAGCUGAACCCAGCGAUGGGGCGGAGCCACAGGCCGAGGAGAGCGCUCAGAUAGAGACGGGGAUGUCCUCGCUCCUGCUCGACCCGCAGCAGAAUGCAAGCCUGGUGGACGAGCCGGGAAACGGCAGCGGCGAACGGCAGGAGGCGGCGAACAGGAAUGAGAAACAGGAUGAUGAAAUGUCCAUGGAGGAGUGUGCGGCUCCAUCACCUCCCGCGGACGAAGAUGCGUGGCUGAACAAAGAGGAUGGUGGUCAGCUGCCAGGGCCAAGCCAGCAACAGAUGAAUGAAACAGAAGCACAGGGGGAGAGCCUUGAGGUUCUGGGAGCGGUGGGGGCGGAGCAGAGGGAGGUGGAUGAGGCUGUGCAGAAGCCAGUUGUCUGUGGUCAGGAAGAAAAGCAAGGGGGAGGGGGAUUUCCACAAACCCCCCCGGCCAGAAUGUCUGCUGUGCCAACCACUCCAAUCUUCUCUCUCCACGCUAGCCCCGGCCAGUCCCCGGGACAGCGCAAGCCCCCGGAGAGCCCGUCCCCGACGUUCCUCUUCUCCAUGAGCACCACUCCGGAAACGGCGGUGUUCUCGGGGUUUGACUGCAGCUUCGACUUGGGAUCUCCCAAAGAGGAGGACAUGCCCUUCACUUUCACAAGCUCCUAUUUUGAAAACAGGAAAUCUUCAGAUUCCAAAUCACCAGGAUUUCUGAUUGACCAAAUGGAGAGUCAGGCAGAGGAAGAGUUUGAGUUGUUUUUCUCCACUAAGAGCCCAAACCAGACCUCAGCUGGCCCAGAGCAAGGAGAAGCAAACGAGUUUUCUUUCUUCAACUUUGGGAAGGAUUAACAUGAGAUAUGUGCGUUCGUGAAGUCUAAAUUAUAAUAUAUUCCAGUUUUACCCAUAAUAGACUUAUAUUAAUAUAUUUAUAAAUGUUACAGGUUGUACUUGUUCAAAAUGUUUGGAUAGCAUUGCGGUUUGUAGAUUUUGACAUUGUCACUCACACACUGCAAUUUAGAGAGAGUUCAUAAGUGUUGAACUGUUAUAUCGGAAAUGUAAGAUGCUGGAAGAACUAGAGUACCUAUAAAGAUUGCACUUAACUGCAGAAACCGAAAUGUGCUCAGAAGACAAAGGCAAACUUGCAGUAGCAUUUGUGCUAAAGCGCUAAAAAACAAAACACAACACAGUGACCGAGCUUACAGUUAUAUUUUAUUUGACUUCAGUCUUUCUGGAAAUCCUGAAAUUAAUGAACUUGAUGAAAUUCUAAAGUUGUAAUUAAAAACAGUUCUGUAUACAUACAUGUCUGUUUAGAACAUGAGUAUAUGCAUCCCAUGGCACUACCUGAGUACAAUUUUGUCUCUGAAUACUAAGUUC